AUGCAUCUGCGCAGCCGCAACCCGUUUGCCGUUGGCCGAGGCCUGAAUGGCGCCAAGGCGUUUCGUUUGCCCGGCCGACUGCAUAUCGAGACGUCCCGCUCCCUGCCACGUGCUGGCGGCUCUCUGGUCGCCCACAGUGAUGUCUACAUAGCGCGCAAUCAGCGCGAGUGCUUCGAGACGCGCAACCUGGUGUCCUGCAUCAAGUACAAGGCAACCAAACUGAUCUGGAAGCUGGCCACCAACGGAAUGGGCUUCUUUCCCAACGAGUACGAGCGCUCGCUGGGCGAGCAGAAGCCACGCUGGCUGCGGCUGGUCCAGCUGGGCGAACCGGCCGACGAAAUCGUUGUGUUCAACAAUGCCAAGAGCCUGGCAGGCGAUAGCGAGCUGGUGAACAUAUUCAAGUUCCUGCAGCGCGCCGUGGAGACCUUUGGCCGCAAUCAUGGCCUGCAGCUGGCGCUGCCCAAGGAGACGGGCGCCCGGGUGCUGGACGAGGCGGAGAGUCGCGGGCAUCGCAAAAAGAAGAAGUGGCUCAUCAUAUUGCCGUUGAUCAUAUUGAUGAAAAUCGCACACCUUAAGAUGACCUUGGUGACGCUGCUGCUCGGCGUGCUGGGCAUGAAUGUCCUGCUGGUGGGCGGCACCGGCUGGCUGAUACACUAUCUGAAGUACAAGACGCUGUGCAAGAUCCAUCCGCACCUGGUGCAAUCGCACUCGCACGUCUACGACUCCGAUCCGUCGGACUACUCCCAGUUCCUGGGCAGCAGCUACUCCAACGGCUAUGCCGGUUACAGUCCCUCCAGUCCGCACGAGAUCAAUGCGAACGGCUACAGCAAGGACUGGGCGACGAGUAAGGCCUAUCACGGCCAUAACUAUCUGGACACCAUCAGUAAGCGGAUACAGUAG